AAGCUUUGCUGUCUUCAGUUGCAGCACACUUCUAAGAAAAGCCCAAAGCCAGGAGUUCAACUUAUUUUAAAUGAAUUUCAUGGAUCUGACACAUUUUUCCUGUCUCCGUUGCUGCUGAGGAGGUUUCCUACAGUGUGUCACAGCCGAAGAUUAACAUGUUUUGCUUCCUAACUAACUAACCAGAAACAGAAAUGGAUUUACGAAGCACACCCUAUCGCUCCGAAGUGAUCCGCUGGUCGCCCAAUGACUUGGCUGACUACUUUAGGAGGUUAAACUUCAAGGAUUGCGAGAAAGUUGUGAGGAAACUUAACAUAACUGGGCAAAGAUUUCUGAACAUGUCUGAAAAUGAUAUUCAGAAGUUUCCAAAGCUAAAAGUUCCCAUUCUAAGCAAGUUAAGUCAGGAAAUAAACCGACAUGAGGAAAAAAGAAGCAUCUUUCCAAAAAGGACGCAGAUACAGAAAUCUCCUGAACAUACAGAAUAUAAACCAGAGGAGGGUGAUGGCUGGUCCUCCUUUGAUGAAAGUGAUGAUUAUGAAAGCCCAGAUGACGAUCAGACUAGAGAUGAUUAUGUUGAUUAUGAAACGCCCAACGAUCAAGAUGGGUUUGAGGAAGAAAAUGAUGCAGAUUAUGAACCUCCUCCAUCAAACGAUGGCAUUAAGCCCAAUGCUAUAUUUCCUCACAAACCAAUUCCAGCCGGUUCAGACUACAUAGACAGACCUGCAACAGAGAGAAGUAAAACAUCACUCCAGCCUCCUGUUCCCCCACAGAGGCCUGCCCACAGCCCCAUACCAGGAGCAUCUCGAAGCAGAGUCCCGGGGGCACCUUCCAGUUCCAAUAACGACAGUAACAGAAACAAAAGUGCAAAUUUCUUUAGACCACCAGUUGAUCGAAGCAAAAAACCACCAAUGGAUCGACCUGCGCCAACCUUUGAGAGAGAAAGCCUUGGAACUGGCAAACGAGCUUUUCCUGAAAUGGGUCUAACACCAAAGCUCAGAUCUCUGGCAGAUGAUUUGGCAAAGAUACAGAAGCCUCCUCUGCCACCCACUGAGAGAGUCGAAAAAAACAGCCCUUCCUCUAGAAGAAUGCAGCCAUUCACAAAGAGCAAUCAAAUGCUUGAAAGACAGACAGAAAUGGAAUCUGACAAUAUUCCCCAAAGGCCAGUUCCACAGCCAUCACCUCAGCCCUUCAACACCUUUCCUUCCAGAACUACUAAGUCGAAUUUAAUUCCUUUACCACCCAAAAUGAAGACUGAUCUACACGCAGAAAGCAUUCCCUCAAGUGCAUCAUUACCACCACGUCUUCUGCCAAGUCAUAUCUCCAGAACCUUUUCCAAAACCGCAGCAGAUGGCAGACCACCAUUACCAAUUCCCAAUAAACCAAAUGCAGAAUUUCCUAAAGCUGAUAAUGAAAGAGUGGAACAAAGUCAUAAGAAGUGGUAUGCUGCUGAUAUCACCCGGUCAGAUGCAGAAGUUGCACUUAGAAAUAUAAACCAGGAUGGUUCAUUUUUAAUAAGAGACAGUUCCAAAAAAUCAGUUGCGCAGCCGUAUGUUCUAAUGGUGCUUUACCACAACAAAGUUUACAAUAUCCAGAUACGUUAUCAGCAAGAGAGUCAGGUCUACUUCUUGGGAACCAGCUUGAAAGGAAACGAGGACUUCACGUCGGUGACUGACAUUGUUGAUUACUUCAAACGAAUGCCCCUUCUGUUGAUUGAUGGAAAAGACCGAUGUUCAAAGAAGCAAUGUGUGUUAACAUAUGCAGCUGGAAAUCUUUAGAAGAGAAAAUGCAUGAAGAUCAAGUUCAAGCUCAACUUUGUCUUUUCAAGUUAGAGGAGUAACUGAUUUGUGUUGGAUGAACUCUAAAUUCAUAGAGUUAUCAUUUUGUAUUGGAUGAACUGAGAUAAUUUUUUUAUCUGUUUUUUCAUAUUAUGCCAUGAAGGUUGUUAAUAUAUUAUCUCUCCCUCCCACCCACCCCGUUGGUAUGAAAGCCGUUAAGCACGUCAUUUUUCACUGAAAAAAUUGUAUGUGUGAUAUCCAUUGAUUAAAAUAUACUCUUAUUAUUACUGGAUUUUUUUUUUCAGGAUGAAGAAGUCUUCUAAACAAUAGUUCUAUAUACAUUUUCCAUAUAAAGGUUUAGUAACAGAUACAUUCAAGAAUAGCUUAACAGAUAUUUCCUGAUUUUAUCAAACCCAGCAUGCCUGCUAAUGUUUGUUCUUAGUGAAAACAUCAGUUUAUUGAGUUCCAUCUAUGAUGGCACUGGUUAAUUGUGAUCAUUAAGAGUCAAAGGAUUUUUGUGUGUGUGGUCAUUUUUCUACUUAAAUAUUUGUUAAAGAACUGAUUGCUUCUCUUGCAGUCUUUAUUUGUAUCUUUCCAACAAAGCUAUUGAAUAUUACGACUUCUCAUAAUACAAAUGUUUCUAUUUUUUUAUUGUUCUUCGAACUAUAAAUGGAAAUUAAUUUCUGUACCAGUUCAUGGGUUUCAUUCAAACUGAGUAUAGGAAACCCUACACCUAAUGGCAUAGGGUUUCCUGCAAGAGCAGGGGAUUGGACUAGAAGACCUCAAGAUCACUUCCAACUCUUUCAGUCUGUUAUUAUCAUGAUCUAAAUUACCUUUAAUUUUAGAUAAUUGCCAGUCUGACCUACUAAGAAGUAUAUUUUUUAUUAAACUGUCAUUGCAAUUUG